AUGGAACUUUUUAAUUACCAUCAGAAUGUAGCAAUCAAAACAUUAAAAGUUGGUACCAUGUCACCUGCAGCAUUCUUAGCAGAAGCUCAAAUCAUGAAAGAAUGCCGCCAUGAUAAACUAGUCAGAUUAUAUGCUGUCUGUACUAAAGAAGAACCAAUUUAUAUUGUGACUGAAUUAAUGUCAAAUGGUGCACUAUUGGAAUAUUUACGUGAAGGGUCCAAGCCAUUAGGUUUACCACAACUUAUUGAUAUGGCUGCUCAGAUUGCUAGUGGUAUGUCGUAUCUGGAGGGUAAGAAAUUUAUACACAGAGAUUUAGCUGCUAGAAAUAUUUUAGUGGGUGAUAAUAAUGAAGUGAAGGUAGCUGAUUUUGGAUUAGCCAAAGUUAUUGAAGAUGAUGAAUAUAAUCCAAAACAAGGUGCAAAGUUCCCUAUUAAAUGGACUGCUCCAGAGGCAGCUUUGUAUGGUAAAUUUACUAUCAAAUCUGAUGUGUGGUCUUAUGGUAUAUUAUUUGUGGAAUUAAUGACUAAAGGUCAAAUUCCGUAUCCUGGAAUGGGAAAUAGAGAGGUGUUGGAUCAAGUGGAUCGUGGAUAUAGAAUGCCAAAGCCUAAAGAUUGUCCUGAUGCUGCAUUCGAAAUGGUUUUAAAAUGUUGGGAUAAAAAAUCUGAAAACCGACCAACAUUUGAAUAUCUGUUCAAUUUCUUUGAUGAUUAUUUUAUUUCAACAGAACCAAGUUAUAAAGAUACAGAUUAG